UACGGUUUGCGCGACGCCCACGACAGGUGUGCGCAGAUGACUUUCAAUGAAUCAUUUGCAAGCUGAUGCCCAGCGUGUCGCUUAGUUGAAAUUUGACUUGGCCAGAGUAUUAUCCUGAUGGUACUAGAUCAGUGCCUCGUACUCAAGAAUCCCAUCAAUGAUGCUGACAGACAUCAGUGAGCUGUACAACGACAGACUUACCAGUGUCGAGGGAGCUUCCUUUCCUGCUGUUCAGCCUACAGCCUCACGACUUGGAUACCCUGAAGGUCACAGAUUGGCAGGACGAAUUGUUCAGUGCUUCGCAUUGAAAGCGACCUUCAUCGCCAAUGCCGACACGUCUAACGUUCAAGCAAUUGGCCGAUGCCUUGCUAGUUGAGAAGUAGUCAAUCUCAUCUGCGGAAGACUGCGUGCAUGUCAAUGUCAUCAAGGGGCACACAAGCACUCAGAACAGGGUCCUUGGCUCUCAGGCCAUACUCUCAGACUCUCAUCACUGAAUCAAAUGGUCGACGCCAGAUAAUACUUGUCGUGGUACUGAUCUUCGGGCUCUUGGAGUCUUGGGUCGACCAUGACAAUUGUAAUGUGUUGACUGAUCCAAGGAAUCUGCUGAUUACACAAAGAUUUGUCUGCUAUGAGCCUAUGGCUCUGCAAUGGGUCUGCAAUGACUCUGCAAUGAGUCUGCAUACACAAAUUACACAAUUCACAUAGCAUAGCGACCGGCGUCAUCGGGGCCCGGGCGGCAAUGCAGCCAAGCUGAUACUUGACAGGUCACAUCGCGCAUUGGUGCGAGUUGGAGUGUGCAACUCGAUCUCCGUACCGGACCGUACGAGCUCGGCCGUGGUUUAAGAAUUAAGAGUUGAUCUUUGAGGCUGUAGCCUGUCAGCUUUGCCGCCUUAGAUCCUUGCUGGCCAUAAAGCAUUGAAGCAUCGUACCGAUUCGUACGUCUCACCUGG